CAUUGACAGUUCUGUGAAGUUGGGAACAGGUUGAUAUUACUGCGGAAAAGGUGUUAAAUUAUUAAGGUCUCUAAGCAGACAACAGCCUCUAGUUUAAGUGUAUAAUGUGAAUACAUAUCUCCACUAAAACGCUGUUUGAUGGGAGAGCGACAACGUCUAGCAGGACCUGAAGACAUGGCUACAACCAGCACCGCGGUGGCGACCGUGCCCCCACAAACACAAGAGGAGCCAGUAGAACGGGUGGCAGUGAUAACUCUGAGGCCGACGCGACCCGAGACGCGCAAGAAGGUAGUCUGGACAGAAGACACCGUCGACAAUGAACACAUGAAUAAGAAGAAGUCGAAAUGCUGCUGCAUUUACGAGAAACCGAAGAAGUUCGGAGAAUCUGACUCCGAAGACAGUGAUGAUGAACUGGAGAACUGCUCGGGGCACGUGGAGAAGAAGCGAGGGAAACGUUAUCAUCAUCAUGAUCACGACUGCCCCCAUCACAGCGCUGAAGCAGCCACUGUUACUAUCACUAUUGCCGAGCAAGAAACUGUAACGCCUGAGCCUACAGCCACAAUCACUCUCCAACCAGUGAAGACACGCCCCAAUCUGCUGAAACCACGCCCCAAGCUCCUACAACCACGCCCAAGCCAACCGAAGAAGCACCAAAAGCCACGCCCCAGCCGAGCGAGGCCACGCCCACCCCUGCGCCUGCGCCGCCCGACAAGAAGGAUGACUAACUCGCAUAUUAAUAACAAUAUUAUUGUUCUAUGAAGUCGGUUUACAUGUUUUAUCGUUAAUAUUAAAGGUAUCGAAAUACAUUUACUAUUUAACUAUAACGAUAACCAAACCAUUUGAAAUCGUCACAGCAAAGGAAUUCUUAGUCGUACCCGUAAGAUUUUCCAUUAAAAAAAACU